AUGGCGGAUCGCUUUUUGACUGUCGCGUUCCGGGCCCGUCCUUGCGCUUCGGUCCCUGAGCCAAAUCGUUCGAUAUUGACAGAUCCCAGGGACUCAUCCUCAAAUGAGAAUUUAUCGGGCUAUCAGCAACUCGCAAGAUCUGAAGGAUGUCAGUUCCCUGCUUUGGCUCGAUAUAACCUAUUGGCCCUUCAAUCUCUUUCAGAGGCAGAGAGGCAGGAUGUGGCCGCCAAAGCGGGUAUACCAUGCUUGAUGCCAACCAUGCCUUUUCUCGACAUGCCCAGAAAUCAAGUCUUAUUGGACUCGCAGGUUGGAGAAAAUGACGAUCCCACGACGGAAUCCACUUCCUGGAGUGAGUUCAGUGAGUUCACCCACGAUCUCGGUAUCUCGCCCAUACCUUCGAACUCGGAGAUUAAUUCGCCAAAACCACAGCCUCCGGAAACAUGCUCGUAUCCAACCCCCAAGUCUGUUCCCAGUCCAGAUGUAGGAGCCAAUACCUUGGGCUCUGAUUUCUCUAAUCCGGCGGAUCUCGAUCCUUUCUAG